AAGGAGUUUUCCUUAAAUAUGUAUUCAGUGUAAUUAUACUUAUAUAAAUUAAAAAAUGAUAAAAUAAGUCAUAUUAGUAAAAAGUAGUUUUUAAAAAAGCAUGAAGAAAGUUUAUUAAUUUUAAAAAUAGUAAUAUGAGCCCCUAAAUAAGGUUUAUUUAAGAAUUACAACUGAAAUCAUUUUUUAAAUAAUUUCAAUAUGGAUGAAAAUUUAAGUCGUGGUUACGUGCAACUUGGUAAAGCAAGGGGUGUAAAUGAAUUUAAGUUUGUUAAUGGAUUAGAUCAUCUGACACCCCCGGUUGAUCGCUAUAAUUUUGUUUAUGUUGCUUUGGUCCUUGCGGGAGCAGGAUUUUUAUUGCCGUACAACAGUUUUGUUAUUCCGGUGGAUUAUUUUCAAGCCCGGUAUCCAGGCACAACCGUGAUUUUUGAUAUGUCAGUUGUAUAUAUAACCAUGGCUUUUUUCGCUGUUUGUGCCAAUAACAUUCUUGUGGAAACAAUAUCUUUAAAUACAAGAAUUGCAUUUGGGUACAUUGUUUCAUUUGUCACUCUGAAUUUUGUCGUUAUAUCAGAAAUAUGGUGGGAACUUUUUGGAGUGGCUACAUCUUAUACAAUUAAUUUAAUCGCAGUUGCAAUUGUUUCAAUAGGAUGCACAGUUCAACAAUCAAGUUUUUAUGGGUACACUUCAAUGUUACCGUCAAGAUAUACGCAGGCAGUGAUGGCAGGUGAAAGUUUAGCCGGUUUUUGGGUGUCAAUUAAUCGAUUAGUUACUAAAUUAUUAAUCAAUGAUGAACGUGGAAAUACAUCAAUAUUCUUCAUUUUAUCCAUAACAACAAUUCUCUUGUGCACAUUUCUAUACCGACUAGUCAGAAAAACAGAAUUCGUUCAAUUUUACAUUCAUCUUUGUCAAGAACGCAAUAAAAUAACACUUGAACCUACUGAGGACAUCGGUCUUAUGGACCCAUUGGAGCAAGUAGAUUCCAGUAAAGGGCAAUAUGGAAUAUUAAAACUUCAAACAAGUCCUCUAGCCGUAGAUUCUGGUGCUGAUUCAAAUGGAGCCCAAUAUUCAGCAUUUUCUUUCAGCAAUCCAGUGUAUGAACCAAAUGGUCCAUCAGGAAAUCCUUUAAGCAGUACUGGCCCAAAAUAUAAAGUUGAAGAUGUUGUCGUGAUGCGAGGGUUUUCGAGAAAUCAAAGCAGCAAGCCUUGGUCAGGCAUUAAAAGAGGAUUGUUAGCAAGACUAGAAGUAGCAAAAGUUAUUUUUCCUUACAUGGCGAGUAUUGGUGUAGCUUAUUUUGUUACACUUUGUCUUUACCCAGGAAUAGUAUCAGAAAUAAUAUCUUGUAAAUUCGAAUCAUGGAUGCCGGUAAUUUUGAUGGCAGCAUUUAAUGGUGCAGAUUUGCUUGGAAAAAUUUUAGCGUCAAUAUCGUACGAAUGGACACGAACACAACUGGUGUAUUUUUCAAUCGCUCGUAUACUUCUUAUACCUCUCUUUCUAUUAUGUGCGAUUCCAAGACAUGCACCAAUAUUAUCAAGCGAAAUUUAUCCACUUCUUUUUUCGUGGUUACUUGGACUUACUAACGGUAUCGUUGGUAGUGUCCCGAUGAUUCAGGCCCCAAGUAAAGUUCCUGAAGAACACCGGGAAUUAGCUGGAAAUAUUAUGACCCUAUCUUACACAACUGGUCUCACACUUGGAUCGUUGUUAGCUUAUAUAUUAGAUGCGUUUCUUGGUCAUCCUGUUACUACUAAAGAAAUUUGUGUAAACUUAUUGACGGCCACUGUACCAACAACAUUUAUAAGUAAAAAUAUAACAACAGAUAUAUUAGCGAGCAGUAUCAAACUCACCACUCUUCCAACAAUUAAAAAUAUUAGUAAAAUAUCAAACAUGUUAAUGACAACAACUGCUACUAAAAUGGCAACACACUUAACGACUUCCUUAAUGACAAAUAAAACAACAAUACUUUUAGGGAAUGCCCUUAACACAACAUCAACCACAACAGUACCAAUUAUUUUUACCAAUGUUACAUCGACUAUUAGUAAUGCAAUCAUUCAACAUUAAAAUGAAAUUAAAUUGAAUUAAUUAUAUUUAUUCAUUUUCAAUUUGAAAUUUUAGUGAAUUCGAGAAAUCUUAAAUUUUGAAUGAAUCCUUUGAUUAAUGACUAAUAAUUUAUUAUAAGGGAUCUAAAACUGUUACAAAUAUAAAAUCAUAUAUUUUACUAUGUAAAAAUGUCGACGAUAAUACAAGAUUCGAAGCUUUUAGUCAACAACGGUUCAACGGUUAGAAUUUUCAAGUGGAUGAUUCUUUCUUUAAUUACUUCCCUACUUAAACGAUAAUUUAAUACCUUAGUUACUCAUCUAAAAUGAACCAUUUUUUAUCAUCAGCUAUUAUUUUGACUAUAUUUUUAGAAUUAUAAAAAAAGUAACACUGGAAUUUUACAAUAAUUAUGUAUUAAAUUGUAAAUUUUCCUUUAACUUAUCGUUAUCAAGUGAAUUUGAAAUUGUUACUUACAGGAUAUUUUGUUCAAUAGCUUAGAUAAAAUAAAAAUUCAUUUUUUCUUCUUAAAAUAUCAAUUCACUUAGGUUUUUUUAAAGCUUGAUUUUCGUACAGCAAAUUUUAUGAGAGGAAAUUCAAAAUAAAUUACAAACGGCAUAUAUUAUUAUGAAUUAUAAAUGUUCUUGUCAAAAAAUCACUCUCUUAAUGUAAAUGUUGUGCUAACAGUUUUACUGUCAACGGCGGUAGAAUUUUGAUAGAGUACAUUUUCUAUGAUUUGCACUUGAGAAGUGCUUUAAAUAGAAAUUUUUAUUGACUCAAGAGAAAGAAUGACUCGAAACAACUUUUGACGCAAAAUUAAUUUGGAAAUCGCAAUUUCCAUAAAAUCUGUUUAGCCCUAAUUUUUUUUUUUUUUUUUUUUUUUUUUAAUUAUCAAUUUAAU